AUGGUUGUUGCUAUGCCGAAGCUCAUGGUCGCGGGUCUAGGAAAUAUAACGCACCCUCUUACUCGCCACAGCCUUGGUCAUAUAAUUGUUGAUACCCUGGCGUCAAGGCUCGGGAUACCGCUGAAAUCUGCAUCGGGAGGGUACAUCGGCACACAAGACGUCAUGUUGGGUGAUUCCCCCGUAUCACUGACACUGUACAAAUCAAAGUCCUUCAUGAACAUCUCCGGACCGUCAAUAGCCACUACUUUCCGUAAAAUCAUACCCAACUCUCCUUCCUCCUUGAUUGUCAUCCACGACUCCCUCUCCCACCGCCCAUGUGUUCUAGCCCCUCGGUUAGGCGGCUCCGCGAAUGGGCACAACGGCGUCAAAAGCAUCAUCGCGGCACUAGGUGGGGAGCAAGGUUUUCAUCGCUUCAGAGUGGGAAUCGGGCGGGGAGACGGCGACGUCGCUGACUAUGUCCUUGGUCGAUUGAGUAAACACGAGAAGGAGUACUGGGGUACGGAUUCCGGAGAUGGGAUGGAAAGUGUCAUCAAAGAAAUCACAAAAAUAUCAAGGCGGUGA